CUUCAAUCUGCUCCAGCUGCGAACGGUUCAGUUUUCGUCGGUGCUACCGGAACAGGUUUAUAUAAAUAUGUGGCUCGUUGUGUUGGCUCUGCUGGUGCUGCCACUGAUCACAUUGGUGUACUUUGAACGGAAGGCAUCGCAACGGCGCCAACUGCUCAAGGAAUUCAAUGGACCCACUCCGGUGCCCAUUUUGGGCAACGCCAAUCGGAUUGGCAAAAAUCCGGCAGAAAUACUGUCUACAUUCUUUGAUUGGUGGUACGACUACGGAAAAGAUAACUUUCUCUUCUGGAUCGGAUACAGUUCCCACAUUGUGAUGACCAAUCCCAAGCAAUUGGAGUACAUUUUGAACAGUCAGCAACUGAUACAAAAAUCCACCAUCUACGAUCUACUGCAUACAUGGCUGGGUCAUGGUCUUCUAACGAGUUAUGGAAGCAAAUGGCAUAAGCACCGCAAGAUGAUCACCCCAUCCUUCCAUUUCAACAUCCUGCAGGACUUCCACGAGGUGAUGAACGAGAACUCCGCCAAGUUUAUGACUCAGCUGAAGAAGGCAAGUGCCGGAGACACUAUCAUUGAUUUCCAGGAGCAUGCCAACUACCUUACUUUGGAUGUCAUCUGCGACACGGCGAUGGGAGUGCCCAUCAAUGCCAUGGAACAGCGCGACUCCUCCAUUGUUAAGGCAUUCAGAGAUAUGUGCUACAAUAUAAAUAUGAGAGCAUUUCAUCCAUUUAAGCGCUCCAACCGCGUGUUUAGUUUAACACCUGAGUUUUCAGCCUACCAAAAAACUCUGAAGACACUUCAAGAUUUUACAUAUGACAUCAUCGAAAAACGAGUCGAUGCUCUGCAGAAUGGAGGAUCUAAGGAGGAGCACGAUCCAUCGUUGCCACGAAAGAAGAUGGCAUUUUUGGACACCCUGCUAUCCUCCACCAUUGACGGUCGUCCUCUCACACGACAGGAGAUCUACGAGGAGGUGUCCACCUUUAUGUUUGAAGGACACGACACGACCACCUCGGGAGUAUCCUUCUCCGUAUAUCUUCUCUCGCGACAUCCCGAUGUCCAGAGGAAAUUGUAUCAGGAGCAAUGUGAAGUCAUGGGUGAUGACAUGAACAGAAGUGUCAGUUUCCAGGAGAUAGCCAAAAUGAAAUAUCUGGAUCUGUUUAUUAAGGAGGCGCAGCGCGUCUAUCCCAGCGUUCCAUUUAUAGGGCGAUAUUGCGAUAAGGAUUAUGAUAUCAAUGGCAGUAUAGUGCCCAAGGGUACAACUCUCAAUUUGGCACUCAUCCUGCUGGGCUACAACGAUCGCAUCUUCAAGGAUCCCCAUCAUUUUCGACCGGAGCGAUUUGAGGAGGAGAAACCGGCUCCCUUUGAGUAUUUGCCUUUCAGUGCCGGGCCACGAAAUUGCAUUGGCCAAAAGUUCGCGCUCCUAGAACUUAAGACUGUUAUAUCAAAAGUGGUGCGGUCCUUUGAGGUCCUUCCAGCAGUUGAUGAAUUGGUCUCCACGGAUGGUCGCCUAAAUACCUACCUGGGUCUCGCCCCAGGCGAAAAGUUGAAGCGGGAGGCAGGGCGCCACAAAUACGAUCCCAUUCUAUCCGCGGUCCUAACCCUAAAAUCAGAUAAUGGUCUGCACCUUCGUCUCAGGGAAAGAAGAUCCUAGUAAAUAAGGAAUAUCAAUACUUCAAAUAGCUCUAUUAAGUUUCAGAUCAAAGUUUAUGCAUUAAUAAUAUCUUCAAUUGCACUAGAGUGUACACAUAAUAUUAGCAAACAUUUUUCCAACUAUGUAAUAUAAAUAAAACUCCAAGUAAAUAAUUUUAUUAAUUUUAUUAGCAUUUAAACUGAAAAAUACGUUACUUUUCUCCCAUUCUUGCAAAUGACCACCUCACGCCAAAGUUGUAAACUAAGAAAAGUAGAACACUCAGUUUAAGAUUCAUUUUGGUUUUAAGCUGAUGUUGUUUUCUUCCACGCAUAUUUAUAGCUGAUUGAGUUUUUUAGCUUGCCACGGCUUGCAUAAGUUAGUAUAAUGAAAUUAGGAAUGGCUUAUUCGAGAUUAAAAUGUAUGACUGCCAGAUUUGGUUAGGUUACUACGACGUAUCCAAUGAAAAAAACUGCUGGCUUAGUUUCGAAUACUCAACCAAAGUUGUAAGUAAAAUAAAAUAAUUUAAAAUUAAAUAAAUAUUAAGAAAUUAUUUGAUUUUUAAUUAACUUUUUGAUCUACAUAAUAUGUAGGUAAAACUUUAGAUUCCUGCCUACUUUUCUAGCCAUUAAAUUAGUCGCAUUGAGGUCGUCUUUAAUGUAUUACAACCGCGAAAAGUUCUGCAGUAGUCGUAGUUAAAUUUUAAAUUCCGAAUUUUCGACUAUUUCGUUCCGACUUGUUUCGCUCCCUUGUCGCAAUAAAUAUUUGAUGUGACGGCAAA